AUGCAUUCAAUAUUCAAAUUACCUAACGAGGUUAUUCUUCACAUCCUCAAGAACCUCAGCAAUGAAAAGACAACUGAACUAAUCGUGUACUACAAGAAUAUUGAGUCAGCACUGCCAAUUUUGAUUCUACUUUACCAACGUCUAUUUGGUGGAAUAUUAUUGAUUCUGAAUGGGGCACCUAGAGUUGACUUCACUGGUGAUUAUGGACUCACUGUUGGCGCAUUUGAAGACAAAAUCUUGAAUGAUUGCUCAUUUGAAAAUAAAGUGUUUCAGCGUGUCCGACCAAACUUGAUCGAAUUCAAAUUUACCAGACAAACGGCCGAUUAUCAACAAUUUAUUAGUGAUUUAAAUGGACUUCAUCAUCUUCUUGGGUCAAACGAUCUGAGAAUAUGCCAAUAUUUUGAACAUGCACAACAUAUUAAUAUCCACAUUGACGCACAUUUGGUGUUUAUCGAGAAUCCAGACUCCCUCAAUUCAAUCAUUAUCAAGUUACUAUUGGAACUAAGCCGACACAAUUUGACGAAAAAGAUCAGCAAGUUUACGAUAAAGUCGAGUGAAAUUGGAAGUCUUUAUGUUGCACAUUGGUCAAAGCUCUUCCAAUACUUUAGCUCAUUAAGCACGCUUGAUCUUUCAGAGAAUUUAAUACGCAGUAAUCAUGAACAUUUCUUGGACGUUUGGGGAAUGCUGAAAAAAUUUCCAAGCACCCUAACAACAUUGAAUAUGAACAAUAAUAUGUUGACUUAUAUUUCCAAGGAUUUCAUUUACAAUUUACCACCAAGUCUAGAAGUAUUGCUAAUGAACCAAAAUGACGUUGAAAUCAUCGAGCCUUGUGAUCUACUGAAGCCACUACCCAAAUUGAAGAACUGGAGUUUAAACUACACAAAAUUGUGUGUGCUUAGCCCAACGAUGUUUAAUAAUUGCGGAAAGGAUUUCGUGUUGCAAAUAAAGUCAACCUAUUUGCCUGAAAGUGAUUUGGAUAAACUACAGGCGAUCGCAAAGCAUCGUGGGUUUCAGAUUUUCGUUUAG